AUGGCGAGCGCAACUAGGAAAGACCUCCUCAAGAAGGUCUACAACAUGGUACCGCCCAUGCUUGAAAGCUUCCACAAGGGUCAAUUGGGUCGCGUGGCUGUUAUCGGCGGUAGUGAAGACUACACUGGUGCGCCCUACUUCUCUGCUAUGGCAUCCGCGAAGCUAGGUUGUGACAUGUCUCACGUAAUCUGCGAACCCGGUGCCGGUGCGGUGAUCAAGACUUACUCUCCCAACCUCAUGGUGCAUCCAUACAUGCGUCAAUCGAAGAACCUCGCCAAGACCGAAAGCGCAGAGAGCAUCACCUCAGAAGUCGUUAGCAUGCUAUCACGCCUACAUGUUAUCGUCAUUGGUCCCGGCCUUGGUCGUGAUGAGCUCAUGCAAAACACCUGCGCACAGGUUAUCCAGGAGGCAAGGAAACAGGGCAUUCCGUUCGUGCUGGACGCAGACGGUCUCUACCUUGCGCAGACAAGACCGGAGCUUGUGGAUGGCUGCACCGAGUGUAUACUCACACCCAAUGUUGUUGAGUUCGGAAGGCUAGCCAAGGCUAAGGGUGUAGAUGUCAAUGAAGGCGAUCCUUCAGAGCUCUGCGCCAAAUUGUCAAAGGCUUUUGGCGGCGUCACCAUUAUCCAAAAGGGCUCCAAGGACUACAUAUCCAACGGCUCGCACACACUCGUAUCCGAGGGCGAGGGUGGUCUAAAGCGCUCUGGUGGCCAAGGUGAUACUCUUACCGGCAGUUUGGCGACCUUGUUGGCAUACAGGAAAGCAUACCAUGACAAGAUCUGGGAUGUCGGAACCGAGAUGUCGAGGAGUGAGACACUUGCUCUUGCAGCAUAUGGUGGAUCAUGCAUUACCAGGGAGUGCUCGAAGCUUGCAUUCAAGGAGAAGGGCAGGUCGCUGCAAGCCAGCGACUUGACUGAACAUGUGCACACUGCUUUCUUGAACGUCAUCGGUGAGAGGGAAGAGACUCCUAACUUGUAA